AUGGGUGGGGAACAGGAGGAUGAGCGGUUCGAUGGCAUGUUGCUGGCCAUGGCGCAACAGCACAAGGGCGGCGUGCAGGAGCUUGUGAAUACCUUCUUCAGCUUCCUUCGACGAAAAACAGACUUCUUCAUUGGAGGUGAAGAAGGCAUGGCCGAGAAGCUCAUCACACACACCUUCAACCACCAUAACCACCUGGCACAGACAGCCCGGCAGGAAAAGAGAGCCCGACAGGAGAUGGAGAGGCGGGAGAAAGCAGAGCGGGCUGCCCGGCUGGCCAAGGAAGCCAAAUCCGAGGCUCCUGGGCCACAGAUCAAGGAGCUGACUGAUGAAGAGUUAUUGAUGAUUUGCAAGACCAUACGUCUGCAGUUAAGACAGCUGGAGACAUUUCGUCAGUGGGCACUAGAAAUUUCAAUCAUAAAGACUUCUGACACCUCAGGCUCCACAUCAUUUUAUUAG